CAUGGAUCGAGCGGCGGUGGCGAGGGUGGGCGCGGUAGCGAGCGCCAGCGUGUGCGCCCUGGUGGCGGGGGUGGUGCUGGCCCAGUACAUAUUCACCUUGAAGAGAAAGACAGGCCGGAAGACCAAGAUCAUCGAAAUGAUAUGAUUCAUCUGGAGUGAUCUUUUAAAAAGAUAUCUUUAGCUUUUCAUGAAGAUGGUGCCGAAGGUGAAGAAGGAAGCCCCUGCCCCUCCUAAAGCUGAAGCCAAAGCAAAGGCUUUGAAGGCCAAGAAAGCAGUGUUGAAAGGUGUCCACAGCCACAAGAAAAAGAAGAUCCGGACGUCACCCACCUUCCGGCGGCCCAAAACACUGAGGCUCAGGAGGCAGCCCAAAUAUCCUCGGAAGAGCGCCCCCAGGAGAAACAAACUUGACCACUAUGCCAUCAUCAAAUUCCCCCUCACCACCGAGUCAGCCAUGAAGAAAAUAGAAGACAACAACACACUGGUAUUCAUUGUGGAUGUCAAGGCCAACAAACACCAAAUUAAACAGGCUGUGAAGAAGCUCUAUGACAUUGACUUGGCUAAGGUCAAUACUCUGAUCAGGCCUGAUGGAGAGAAGGCAUAUGUUCGACUGGCUCCUGACUAUGAUGCUUUGGAUGUUGCCAACAAAAUUGGGAUCAUCUAAUCUGAGUCCAGCUGGCUAAUUCCAAAUAUGAAAGUUUUCACUAUGUAAAAAAAAAAAAGAUAUCUUUAAAAUUCUUGUCAGUGCUAACCAUUUUAAUAUAUUAAAGGACAGUUUAGUCAACACAUUCAUACACAGCACAGAGGUGUUUUCAAAAUGGAUCACCUAGUUGCCCUUAAGCCUCCAUUGUUGUUGGGUAGUCACUUAAGUCGUGUCUGACUCCUGCAGCCACUUGGACUGGAGCCCACUAGGCUCCUCCGUCCAUGGGAUUUCCCAGACAAGAAUACUGGCAUGGGUUGCCAUUUCCUUCUCCAGGGGAUCUUCCUGACCCAGGGAUCAAACCUGUGUCUUCUGCAUUGACGGGUGGGAUCUCUACCACUGAGCCAUCAGGGAAGUCCUGAGCCUCCAUUACUAGAAUAUAAAAGAUUUUCCUCUAAGAGGAAUAUUAUGUUGUCAAUCUUCUCAUCUUAUUAAAAUAAGGUAGUAAUGCCAAAUUUUUAACAUUUGGUAGAUACCAAGUUUGGGUAAUUUGUUAGUGGCCUUUUUUAAAAACAACUUUUAAAUUUUUUGUAUCAUUUGUAGCACAGAGUGCUACUUCACAAAGUCUGAUUACUGAAAUGUUAUGUUGGUUCAGUUUGCUUUGAGUAUAGACAAGAAAAGGCUAGUAUACAAAUUUAUUUACAUGAGUGUAGCGUAGCCCUGUUCCUCAUGAUAAAGCUUCCCAGAGCCAGUAACGUAACUUAUCUAUCAGGCCCUGCCACAUGGUAUUAGCAUAUUUAAUCCUACGACUUAGGUUAAAAACAAGACUGAUUUCUCUUUAAAGGUUAAAAUAUUUACCUUCACAACAGUUUGCUUUCAUUUCCAGCAGGAAGGGAGCUUUUUCAGUUUUUUAACCAUAAAAAUUAAUUUUCAAUCUGUUCAGAUUUUUUAAUAGAUCCGUGCAUGGUCUUGUUGAAAUUUAGAGUGUAGGAAAAUAUGAAGAAACACAUAAAAAUCACUUUAAAUCCCACUACCCUGCAAUGAAGAUUGUUAACAACUUACCACACUUUAAUGCAAAUGUUGUUUUUCACAUGUCUUACAUGAGCUAAUCUUUUUAAAGCUGUAAAAUACACAUGACAGAGUUUACCAUUUUACCUGUUUUUGCGUGUACAGUUCAGUGGCAUUAAGCGUGUUGACAUUGUUAUGAAACCACCACCACUGCUGCCAUCCAUCUCCAGAACACUUCAUCUUCCAAACUGAAACUCUGUACCUGUUGAGCAAUAGCUCCCCGCUCUCCCCUCCCCCCAGCCCUGGCAAAGAGGACCUGGUCUUUUUCACCUUGUAUUAAAAUAUCAUAUUCGUACGGAGAAGUACACACACGGCAAGUGAGCUGACAACUGAAUCACAUAAUGAGGAAGAGGGUGUUUUCAAGUGUGAAAACUAUUGAGGUUCCUCUUUUCUUUGCAGAGCAAGUUGGCAGUGCUCUAAUAGUACAGAUUUACCUUCUCUUCCUUAACUGCCACAUUGUUUUCUCUGAUCCUGU